ACUGUGUGGACUCGGGAGUGGAUAGUGCGUUUUGAAACUUUAACAAUAUUUACAUACUACGUCUCACUGUGUGAGGAAACGUGAGGAAAACUAGGUUUUCCAUGAUAUGGGCCCUUUAAGUAAGUUCGAGGCCAUUUUGUCGUCCUCCUCUUGGUCCCUGACUUCACUGAUCUUCUGUCUGGCUGAGCGGGUGCUGAUGCAGCAGGAAGGGAAGGGUUUGGUGCGGGUGGGUUUAUGCGUCGUCGGAGUCUAACAGUUCGGGGACAAAAAACAUCUACCUGACAGUGACAAGGUUGGUUGAGUUUGUCUUGUCAGCACCACUCCAGUAAACCAUGGCUGAACCUGAACUUCUUUUGGACUCCAAUAUUCGCCUGUGGGUGGUCUUGCCCAUUGUGUUCAUCACCUUCCUUGUUGGAGUAAUUCGCCAUUACGUCUCAAUUCUGCUGCAGAGUGACAAGAAACUCACACUAGAGCAGGUUUCUGACAGCCAGGUUCUUAUCAGGAGCAGAAUAUUAAGGGAAAAUGGAAAAUACAUCCCCAAACAGUCCUUCUUAAUGAGGAAAUUCUACUUCAAUAACCAAGACGAUGGAUUCUUUAAGAAGACAAAAAGAAAGGUGGUGCCUCCUUCCCCAAUGACCGACCCCAGUAUGUUGACAGACAUGAUGAAAGGCAAUGUGACAAAUGUCCUUCCCAUGAUCCUUAUCGGUGGCUGGAUCAACUGGACCUUUUCUGGGUUUGUCACAACAAAGGUACCAUUCCCUCUCACACUCCGUUUCAAGCCUAUGUUGCAGCAAGGUAUUGAGUUGCUCUCACUUGAUGCAUCUUGGGUAAGCUCAGCAUCUUGGUACUUCCUGAAUGUUUUUGGAUUAAGAAGCAUGUAUUCUUUGAUUCUUGGACAAGAUAAUGGUGCAGAUCAGUCUCGAAUCAUGCAGGACCAAAUGAGUGGGGCUGCCAUGGCAAUGCCUGCAGACACAAACAAAGCAUUCAAGGCGGAGUGGGAGGCACUAGAGUUGACAGACCACCAGUGGGCACUAGAGAGCGUGGAGGAGGACCUGAUGAGCAAGGACUUGGACCUGUCUGGCAUGUUCAGCAAAGAUUUGCCAACAGGCAUUUUCUAAGGGCCUGCUACCCUAAGGAGAAGCAUUAAAGGCUGUCAUCCAGAAACUAAUUGUAAUAAAUUGUGUGGACUGGUUUUGGAACUGAUGGGACACAUUCUGGUAUCUCUAGAGGACUUGCAUAAACCUCACUGCAACAUAUCACAUGCAUGCACUGUUCUGUUUAUUUUUUUUUCUCAUUACCACAGAGUUUUUGUAUAAAUAGUUUAGGAUUAAUUAAAUGAAGCUUAACUUUAUAACUCACUUUCUUUGGUUGCAACCUGUAAUACAGUCAAAAAUACAGCAGCACUGCAGGAGUAGGCCAUGGGUGGAAUGUUCUGGUGAAGCUAUUUUCAUUUGUUAACCCAUACCUGUUUUGCUAAAUUUAAAGCAUGUUUGGUUGAGGUAAAGGCAAGCUUAACAUGAACAUCAAGUAAUUCAGUUUACAGUAGUAUUAACCCUGUUCUAUUCUUAAAAAAAAAAAACAUUCCCUCAUUAUAAUUAUCAGUCUUUAUUUUUUUUUAUGCAUCCCAGUGGGUGUCAUUUUAUUGGAUUAGAGGAUUAAUGGGACCAUGUGUUUAACAAAUGAAUAAUUGGAUGAUUUUUUUUAAAAGUGGACCAAUCCAAAACAAAUGGGGUUCGGUCAUAUGGAUCUAACAGUUUACUAUGGAUUAUUAGAGCUUUCCUCUACUUAUAGUAGCUUGGUGUGGUCCUCCUAUGUCACCGAUUCCUGUUUAUUACAUAUUUUUUUUUUUUUUUAAGUACCAGAUAGUCUCUUCUUACUGUUUCUUGAAACUCCCCAUGAUUCAUUGUUGUGCUUAGUUUUGUAUUAUUUAUUUAAUUUUUGUAACAUUUAUGUUUUGUAAAGUGAAAUUUGACACCAUCAUGCACUUGCAGGAAGUGUUCAUCCAUAAUAGAACUUGUUUUUAUCAAAA